AGAUGGUGUGCUGCUGGGUUCCUCUUCGCGAAGGCGCAAGAGCAAGCGGAAGCAACGCCGACUUUUGCGAUGCAGAUCCUCGGGCGGAAGGUUCUGGAGGUUUCCCGCCGCCUACCUCUCUUCUACGCUGCGCACAGCGGCCGCGCCCAUGCGAUCGCCACGCUUGCGGGCGCCGCCGCGCGAUGGGCUCCGCCCGCUACCUCGGGCUCGCUUGCCACCGCGCCGUGGGCUGCCACCCAGCGCCGCGGCGCCAAGAUGCUCGGCUCCGACGUGAAACUUGGAAAUGUAAUACAAAGAAGAGGCCACAUUUAUCAGGUAAUAAAAGCACAACAUUCACAUCAAGGAAGAGGAGGGGCCACAAUACAGGUCGAACUGAGGGAUGUUGACACUGGAAACAAAAUAACAGAAAGAUUUCGUACUGAUGAGGCCCUUGAGAGAGUUUUUGUUGAGGAGAAGUCAUUCACAUAUCUGUAUCAGGAAGGAGAUACUGUGACUCUUAUGGAGCCUGAAACGUUUGAGCAACUUGAAGUUUCGAAGGAACUGUUUGGCAAAGCUGCUGCAUACCUAAAAGAUGAAAUGAAAGUGAAUCUACAAUACUUUGAUGGCCGGCCAAUGUCUGGGACAGUUCCUCAACGAGUGACUUGCACUGUUGUUGAAGCACAACCAAAUACAAAAGGGCUAACUGCUCAACCACAGUAUAAAAGGGUCUUGCUGGAUAAUGGUCUUACAGUGCUUGCACCACCUUUUAUUGAAGCGGGUGAGAAUAUUGUAAUCAGUACAGCCGAUGAUUCUUAUAUGACGAGAGCGUAAGGGGUAUCGUGGAUGACGUUUUGUUCUACCAAAUGGGGAUCGAUUACAAUGUGGCUACCAGAAUAAUUUUAUUUACACUCAGUUGUGGAGUUGCCGUAAACAGUGAGCCUUGGCGGACACCAACCAAGAACUUUUAGUUCUUCGCUAAUAACCCACACAUUUUGUACUCACAUGUCUUUUCGUUUUGUUCCUCACUUCAAAUAUUUAUGCAACAGAAUCCAUUCAUGGCAAACCGUGGAAUCUUUUUUGGGGAAGGUGUAGGCUCUGUUUGUUUCGGCUUUUUGCAGCUUUUGGCCACCAAAAGCUGUUGCGGACUGCCAAACACUCAGUUUU